ACAUUUCUCGCUACCCAAAAACCAAAACCCAAACCCAUUGCCGUCGAGGAGAUUCCAACUCAUGGCAACCCUAUAAGACAGGGUAGAACUGCCCCAUAGGGUUUCCAAAGCUGUAAUCUUUACGGAAUCAGAUUGCCACAUCUUUCUCCUGCAGAGAUAAUAUUGCAGUUCAUGUACACAUCACAUUUUAUUCGGUCCCCUCCUGGCAGAUGCUUGAGGGAGGGGAGUUCUUUUAUGACCUUGACAUUUUUGAAAAACACAGACCAGUUAUUUUAUUGAAUAUCCCUCAGUUUGGGUUUAUCUCAUGAUUAGACUGAGGUUAUCCAUUUUGGGCACAAAUGCCCCAAUAGUAAUCCAGUAUCCUUCUCACGCAUCGUAAUGGGUAAUGUCAACUUUCAUCUUUUGGUUGAGAUAGUGUCUGCCAGGUUUCUUGUCUACUCUUUUCCCUUUGUAAUAAGUAAGUAUUUGAUAGGGAGGUCUUUUGAGAACCAUAGAUAUCUGUUCCUCAACAAACUUGCACAAAUGAAUUUUACUGCCUCAUGGGCAUUUUUUAAAAAGUAAAAAUAAAACCCCAAAGUGUCUUGUUAGGUGACAACUCCCUCUCCAAACUUUCAACAUUUUCCCAUGGUAUUUGUUAGAAAAACCAAACUUCUUCAAUGGCGUAGAAGGUCCUGCCCCACCUCUUAGAUCUCAUAGCAAAUCACCACCCUAUACUCCCACUCCCAUCCCAUGUAUGAGCUCUGUUUACACUUUCUGCCUUGGGACCUUUGUUCCAAUAAUUCCCUCUCCCUGUGCCUGGAAUGGAAUUACUGGGUGGUGCAAAUGGCUAAAGCACUCAGCCACUAACCAAGAGGUUUUGGAGGUUCAAGUUCACCCAGAGGUGCUUCAGAAGAAAGGCCUGGGAAUCUGCUUCCAAACAAUUGGCCAUUGAGAAUCCUAUGGGGCACAGUUCUACUCUGACACGUAUGGAGUUGCUGUGAGUCAGAAGCAACUUGAUCACAACCGGUUUGGUGCCCAGGAUGUUCUUCAUUCAUCCUCUGCAGGCUGGCUCCUUAUAGCCACUUCGAUCUCAGCCUAAAAUGCUCCCCUUUUUUGCCCCCCAGUGACUUUCCUGAAGAAGCCAUCCAGGCACUUUCUAGCACAUCACGUAGUCACUCUGGCCCCUUUUACGUAGAUCUGUCUACUGUAUUUAUUGCCUGGCUCGUCCUCAACAGGAGCCCCUGAGUGGUACAACCCUUAACUUGCUCUGCUGCUGGCGGAAAGACUGGAGGUUCGAGUUCACCCAGCGGUGCCUGGUGAUCUAUUUUCGAAAAAUCAGCCAUUGAAAACCGUGUGGAGCACAGUUCUACUCUGACACACAUGUGGUUGCCAUAAGUCGGAGUCAACUCAACUGCAUCUGGUCACUGGUGUCCCCAACAAGACAUGCACACCUGAAAGCAGAGGCCAUGCCUAUGCCGUUUAGUGCCGGAUCCUCAGGGCCCGGGUCAGUGCCAGGUGCAGAGGAGGUGCUCAGUAAGUUAACGAAUCCAUGCACUCCUCUGUCAGUCAACAAGUGCUUUCUGAACAUCCAGCGCUGGCCUGUGCUAGUCUCCGGGACAAAGAGAGAACUGAGUCCCAUGUCACGGCUUGGUGGAGGGAGACAGACCUAAGAACCAAUAACCUUUAGAGCAAUGAGGUGAGGCUUUGACAGAAGGAUGGUGGUGUUCUAUGUGAGCCCAAAGAGGUCAGGGAAGGCUUGCCAAGGAGUCAAAUUUGCAGAGAAGGAAAUGAGGAGGGGAAAAGUCAUCCCAGGGAGAGGGUUUGGCAACUACAAAGGCAUGGAUGUAAUAUAAGCACAAGCAGCAUUUCUGGGUGAUGGCGAGAGAAGCUGUGAGGGCGCAGGAGAUAAGGCCAGAGAGCAAACACUGGACCUGCAGUCCUGGUUGUAGGAGCAUCUCUCCUGCAGUUGCUACUUGAAAGGAGCCAGGCUCAGACUCAGAUCUGAAUCCUAGCCUCUCCACUUGCCACAGUUUCUGCCUUUGGGAGGAUGGGUUAUAGGAGAUAUGCUGUAUCUCAGGAGAAGCUCGGGUUUCUCUCCACCCCACUCUAGGGGCUGCCCUCCAGCUCCUUAAGGCCCAGAGCCCCCACCUCUGUAGGUCAAACACUUUUAAGUUAUCUUGGCCAGGUCACAGGACAACCUUCAAAUUGGGGUCUGACAGAAUGCUGAUAGCCAGUCUUCCCAGUAUUUUGCUUCCAGUCUGGGUCAGAUACUCUCCUUCGGCUCACCAGGGGGCUGCCUGGGGCAAACCUCUGGCUACAGGGGAGGGGUCAUAAAGCCAGUUAAUGAUCAUCUCCCAGGGCAAGGGUGGAGGAUGUGGGGGCAAGGGUGGGUCCCAGUUAGAGGAACUCCCACCUUUCAGACAUUCUUAGACGUCUGUCCCACCCUUCUCCAAUCAGCAGGCUGAUUAUAAAGCAAGGAGGAUAUAAAGCGAGGAGGGAGGCAAGAGGGCUGCUAGAAUCUUCAGAGCACUUAGCAUCUAGAUUGUCACAGGUUUCAGGUAAGGCUCAGGCUCACCGAUGAGGGACAGGGAAAACAGGGAAAGCAGGACUCUGGCUGGGGACAGGGUCUCCUGGGAGUCGGUUUCUUUGCAAUUCCUUUAGGGUAUUCCUUCUCCUCUGGCUCCUGCUUUCUCCCUUGUUCCUUGGGCAUUCUGCAUGGUAUUGGGCCCCCAUUUCUCUGAGUUUCCACCGCCAUCCUUAUCCUGCUGGCUCCCACAUCCAACCGAGACCUUCUGGACCCAACCCAGACCCUUCCCUGAGCCCUAACCUCUACAAUCACCUCCCUCUGGGUCGCACCUCCCUCUGGUUGACACAAUGGAGUUUCGUGUUUCCUCCUGCCAAAAUUUACACCUUCCUUUUUCCCUUUUCCCAUCAAGGAUCACCAUGGUCAUGGUCAAACAAAGGCUCUGUCUUUGGCAGGGUAAAGGGGUAGAGGUGAGUGAGGCUGGGGACUGGUAGGAAGAGCCUAAAUUAGAUCAAACUCCAAACCUAAUAGUGUAGAAAGAAUUUUGGGGAGAAAGGCUGAGGGGAGGGUGUGCCUUGGAACAACCAGAGGCUCUGGUCAAAAGAUUUGGAAUGUCCGUGAUUAUGCUGCCAGAGGUAGGUAGACCUGUGGCUAUGGGGUUGGAGGAGUUAGAGGUCCUAUAAGUUGGGGAUUUGGGAGCUUCUUGUUCUCUACAGCUGGCUGGGACGCUGGAAGCCUGAGUUCCAACCCUUGCUCUGCCAGUGGCUCUGCUCUGCUUCUCUGGGUGGAAGUGGAUCAGAUGAUCUCAAAGGAUCCCAAGCUCAAGAUGCAAGAUUUUGUCAAACAAAGAGCUUUAGGAAGAAACAGGAUAAGCGGGGCUUGGGCACUAGCCUUAAAACAAAAGAACCAAACCUGUUGCCCUCGAGUUGAUGCUGACUCAUAGUGAUCCUACAGGCCAGAGUAGAACUGCCUGGUAGGAUUUCCAAGGAGCAGCUGGUGGAUUCAAACUGCCAACCUUUCGGAUAGUAGCUGAACUGUUAACCACUGCACCACCAGGGCUCCACUGGCCUUAGGCCUGCACUAUUAAUCUGCCCCUAUGAAGGCCUGGCUGGUGCCAAGUGCAAUAAUUAACUGCUAAGUGGCCUUCGCCCGAUCCCAGCUCCAUUCCUGGGCUUCAUUCCCACUGCCUGCCCAACCGCCUGUCUCCUAGGACACUAAACCUGCCGCUGCCCCCUGGAUUAAGGCAAGGGUGAGGGUAGAGCAGAUUAGAAGCCAGAGCCAGACCGAGAGCUACCUCCUCUCCCAGGUACGCCAUUCCCCACCCCCAUGAGAGGUGUCACAUCCUAUGGGACUCCCAGUAUGUGUUAAAGGACUUGCUGAGCUGGGCAGGCCCUUUGUUUACCUAAAUCCCAGAGUAUCCAGAAGGGGAGAUUGAGGGCCAGAUCGAAGUCAACUACAAGUCAGUGCCUAUCCCUGAACUGGAGUCCAAGGCUCUUGUAUUUCAGCCCAACACUGUUCUCAGCUCUUCCAAUCUGGGGCCCCAAGUUUGGAGUGGAGUUGUCAUAGUUAGACCAAGAUUUGAAAGUGGAUUUAGGAGGGUGGAGAAGGGGCUUGCAGGGCAAUAUAGGUCACAAGGAAAGGGAGAGAACUCUGGCCCCCGAAAACAGCCACAGCAAGAGAGACUGUCAGACACCACCCCCCGCACUUCACUCUCAUCAGCGGCCCUGUGAGUGCCAGCACGGGGAAGGUGCAAGAGCUCUGAACUUCAGGGUCAGAUGUGGGUGGUCCCUGCUGUUUGACUUUGCGUAUGUCUAUCCCUCAAUUAGUGCCCAACUGAUUACACAGAGCCUCACUGGCUACCGGUUUUUUGUUCCUACAUUUAAUCCUCAGAUGAAGAAACUAAGCCUCACGAUAGUUUUUCCCCGAGGCCAAGCAGGAGUUGGAGUGAAGAAUGAGUUCCUGGAGGCAACCCUGGAACCUUGUGCUCUAAACUGCUAGGUUUUGUUUUCCCAGACUAACCUAAUCUGAAGAGUCACCUGGUGUUUCCUCAGAGUACAGGUUUACUUGGCUCUGCUUCCGGGUAUUAGUGAGUGCAUGGGUCAGUGAAAGGGAUGAUUGAGUCCUGGAAUGAAUGAAUUAGCACGUGAGAGAAUGAAUGAAUACCGGAAUGAAUGGAGUUGUGAAAGAACGGAUUCCAGCAGGGUGGGGCAGGGUGGGGAAGGACAGCUGGGUGGGAAAUAAUUCUAGGCUUACAUGAGCCCUGUGAUCUCCCCCGUGCUGGGCUAAGUGCGGAGAGACACCCUUACUCAGGCCCUGUCUAGGAGGCCCAGGCAAGACACUGACGCCCUGAGGGUGAUGGGGGCACUGUAGAGGUAGGGUAAGGUGCUCACUGUGUGAACAGGGAAGGCACAGGAGCUUUAGUGAACCCUCGUGUGAGUGAGUUAGAGGAGAGAGAUGGAGAAAGAACCUGUGGGAAGUUUCAAGCAUUUUAGGAAGGGUCAGGUCCCUGGUGUGAGGGAAAGGGUCACUUCUCAAUUCAGUGACUGAGGUCAAAGGAUUGAGGUAUUAUGAAGGCCAGCAGAGGCAUGGCCAGCUCUGUGGUAGGGGGCUCAGGAGCCUCCCAAGACCCCAGGGAGGCUGCCCCAUGCCCUGGAGCUUCUGUGCCCUGUGCCAUCCCCCAGGUCACAGCUGUUGUUAGUUGCCCUUGAGCUGAUUUCCACUCGUGGGGACCUCAUGUUUGCAGAGAACUGCUCUGUCACAAGGCUGUGAUCUUUCUGGAGCAACUUACCAAAAGGUUGUCAAUCCCAACCUACCCAGAGGCUCUGUAGGAGAAAGACCUGGCAAUCUGUUCCCAUAAAGAUUUAAAAAAAUACAAUUCCUAUAGGACAGAGUAGAACUGCCCCGUAGAGUUUCCAGUGAGCGGCUGGCCAAACUCUUAACCACUGUACCACCAGGGCUCCAUGUAAAGAUUAUAGCCUAGAAAACCCUAUGGAGCAGUUCUACUCUGUCACAUGGGAUCACUGAGUUGGAAACUGCUUGACGGCACCUGAACAACAAUAGGGGUGGGACGUGACCUGCCUCAGGCUUUCCUGUCCAGGCCCCACCUACUUGGGGCUGUUCCCACACCUUGAGGCCCCACCUCCCCACCUCCGCAUUCCUUGGUGCCACUGACCACAGCUCUUCUUCAGAGGCAGACAUGGCCUGGCUGAUGACAGCACAGCUGCUGUUUUUUCUGUUGGUGGCCGCCGGAUGGGGUGCCCAGCUCAGGACUACACAGGCCAGGACUGAACUUCUAAACAUCUGCAUGGAUGCCAAACACCACAAGGGAAAGCCAAGCCCCGAGGACAAGUUGCAUGACCAGUGCACCCCCUGGAAGAAGAACUCCUGCUGCUCUGUCAACACCAGCCAGGAAGCCCACAAGGAUAUUUCCUACCUGUACAGAUUCAACUGGGACCACUGUGGAAAGAUGGAGCCUGCCUGCAAGUGGCACUUCAUCCAGGACACCUGCCUCUAUGAGUGUUCCCCCAACUUGGGGCCCUGGAUCCAACAGGUAGACCAGAGCUGGCGCAAAGAGCGGAUCCUCAAUGUGCCCCUGUGCAAAGACGACUGUCAACGCUGGUGGGAAGACUGCCGCACCUCCAAUACCUGCAAGAUCAACUGGCACAAGGGCUGGAACUGGACCUCAGGGUAUAACCAGUGCCCAGCAGAGGCUAAGUGUGCCCCAUUUCACGUCUAUUUCCCCACACCUGAUGUUCUGUGCAAUGAAAUCUGGAGUCAGUCCUACAAAGUCAGCAACUACAGCCGAGGGAGCGGCCGCUGCAUCCAGAUGUGGUUCGACCCCGCCCACGGCAACCCCAACGAAGAGGUGGCGAGGUUCUAUGCCGAGGCCAUGAGUGGUGCUGAGCCCUGUCGGGCUUGGGCUCUCUUGCUCAGCCUGGUCUUGCUGCUCUGGUUGCUCAGCUGAGCUCCUUCUACCUUCUGAUACCUGGACAUUACAGCCCUGUUCAUCCCCAGAGCUUCAAGUUACUCAAUUUGUGCUCCAUAGUAGGGUCCUCUGAAAGCCAGUUUAAAUAAAUAGA